CCUUUCCUGUUUUCUUUCUGUCACGUCACCCACACAAAAACAACAAUCACUCUCUACAAUGGCCGAAACGCUUUCUACCGGCGAGUCCCGAUAUUGGCCCAUCUACGGUAGCAACACCACCGAAAGAAACAUCCCUUACGCCUCGCUUCUCCGCCUUCUCCGAUAUCAUUCACCAACCUCCUCGCAUCUCUUUGGUUUCCUGGCUCUCCUCAUAUCCGGAGGCCUUCUCACCUUCCUCCUAGGUGUAACCGUGACCGCCACCGCGUUCGGCUUCAUUGCGUUUCUUCCCUUGAUCAUCAUCUCGGGUCCGAUCUGGCUUCCGGGUUCUGUCCUUGUUGGCGGGUGCUUAACAGUCGUGGGAUUUCUUGUUGGAACGGUGGCUAUCGUAUCGUGGACGUACCGUUAUUUCCGGGGAAUGCACCUGGCUGGAUCGGAUCAAAUGGACUAUGCACGUGGUCGGAUCUAUGACACAGCCUCGCACGUCAAAGAUUACGCUAGAGAGUACGGUGGAUACUUCCACGGUAGGGCUAAAGAUGCAGCCCCCCUGGUGCUUAACCUAAACCGGUCUGUAUUGUCUGGUUGAGCGUAAGAUCAGAGUCCGUUCUGAGAUUUCUAAGACCCUAUUCAAAACAAAAUUAUUUACAAAUUAUCUUUAAGCUUUUCAUAAAUUGUACGAACUUUUAUUUUUAAAACUAAUUUUAUGAUAUAAUUUUUAUACUUAUAUUAUAAUAAAAUGAGAUUCACCUAAUUUUUUUUAUUUUUCUGCAAACAAUUUUAUUUAUUUUAUCAACUGUUUUUAUUCUAUACACUAUAUUUUUACCUUAUCAUAUCAAUAUAUACAUAAUUUUUUCAAAAUGGAAGUCCAUAGAGUGAGGAGACUUAUUAAAAUGUAUGUUCAUUUCCCUGUGUACAAUCCCGACUUUGGGUAAGAAAACUGGCCGGUUCGGUUUAUGUAGGAUGAAAAAGAUUCAUGCAUGGUACUAAUAUUACGUUUUUGUUAUUUUAUUUUCGUUUAAGAAAAUAAUAUAUCUGGUUAUGUACAAGCUCUAUGAGAUUUUGGGUGUGCGUGGUCGUCACUUGAAAUGAAAUCCACAUUUUUGGCGAAUAUUUUACCCUUUUUAAUAUAUGGUCAAACGUAUUUCAGUUAUGUAAUAUUUUCUGAAGAAUGACGAGAGUAUAUACAAUAUAAACCACACAUGAUAACUAUCAUUUGUAUAGUUUAGUAGAUCGCGUUUUCUAAGCAGUGUAUGACAGAUUAAUAGGAGUAUCUUUCUCAUCUUCCAUCGAUCCUUGCUGUGUCCUUUUCUAAUAAAGAAAGUUAUUUGUAUGAUUAUAAAAUGCAGUCGUGUUUAAAAAAAAAGUGUUUCAAAAACAUUAUAGAAUUCAGUCUCGUCAAAGUUUUAGAAAAAAAAAAAAACUAGAACAUUAUAUUCCUAAAAAUGAUUUACAGCCCUAACUAUACGUCUCCUGAACAUGACAAUUGUCCAUCUUUGAAUUGUUUUGUAUUUAUAAUUGAGGUUGAAUUGAAAGUUGAAACUCUGACAAACAAAAAAUUAUAGCUACAUUGAUUCUAAAGAAAAAGAAAAAAAAAAGAAAUACAGUGGGAAGCAAAUAUGC